AUGAAUGAUCAAGCUGUAGGGAGUGAUCUGACUAAUGUCAGCAAAAUAGAAGUUCCUGCCGUAAAUAUAGUAGAUGGAAUUCCUCAGCCCCCGCCUUUAUCAAUGGAUAAGAACAUGAUUGGCGCUAUAAAGAUCAAAGACGCUCUCUUUAUUGGAGAUGAGCUCGCUGCCCAGGAUCUUGAAUUUGUUGUUAAUAAUAAAGUUACCCAUGUCAUAAACUGUUCUGGUCGACAAAUUGCAAACCACUGGGAACCUAUAGGGGUAGCCUACCUUACAUUUUAUUGGCUUGACGUUGACAACCAAGUCCUGUUUGAUAAAGAGGGCCGAAUUACACAUGAAAUCUUCAGCUUUAUUGAAGAAGCCCAUGAAAAUGGAGAAAGUGUCCUUGUUCACUCAAAUAGAGGACAAAGCAGAGCAUCUGCAGUCCUUGCUGUAUUUUUCAUGCAGAAGUAUAAAUGGACCCUCUUUAAGACUCUUGAGUUUCUCAACUCUAGAAGGCCAGAUUUAGAAAUCAGAGCUGCAUUUAUCAACCAGCUGUCGGACUUUGAGCGAAGGAUGACUUCACAAGGCAACGGCCCUGAGAGUGGAGAUUGGAAUGAAAUAUCAGAUAAAAUUAAUAUCCAUCAGGCUAAUUAUGUUGAAAAUGAGGAACUCUUACUAAGAAAUACCUUUCUUAAUGCCCAAAUGGGGCCUAUUGCUCCAUAUAAUAAAGAAGAGCAUAAAAAAGAAAAGAAAAAUAAGCUACAAUGGAUUGAUAAUAGUAAAAAUGGAAAUUUAAGAACAAAUGCCUCAGAGGAUGAUCUGAUAUUUAAAGACCAACCAGAGCCAAUUAAAACUCACAGAACUGAAUGCUUCGAUUUAAAGUCUAUCAUUAAAGCAGAAUUUAGAGACCAGAACAAAGAAAACCUUAAGUUGGAAUUCUACAAACCAGAAGAACUGAUAGAUGAGGAGAUUCAUGCUCUUGAAAAAGACAUACAGCCUCUCAAAACUGAAGACUUUACAAGAAAGGCCAAAAUUGAAUUGGAAGAGGCUAAAAAUAACGACCCAGUGGUUGGCAAUGCAGUUUUAGGUAACACAAUGCCUUUACCCAAGAAGAAUAAUUAUUUCGAAGGUAAGGUCACAGAGGGAUCAAUCACAAAAGGACUCCUAGAAAAGAACAAAAAGAAGGUCAAAUGCAUUAGCAAGCAUUCAAUUAAGAAACCAGAAUGCAAAACUCAGAACUUUGUCAUGGAGCAUAAAAAGAAAGUCAAGAAAGAUCCAACUAAAAGAAAGCGCAGCGCCAAAGUGAGAGGGCCUAACUCGAGAAUUGACAAAGGGUUUAUUCCUCAUUCUAAAGGAUUACACAGGAAGUCAUACUCCGAAGGAAUCAGAGACUCGAGGAAGGAUGCUAAGAAAGAGGCCAAGAAAGAUGUGGUGAUUAACUGCAAGAAUUUAACCAAUGUGAAGAUCCAGAACUCCAAUUGGUCAACUCAGAAUACGCAUCAGUACAAUAUUUUAGCAAUCAUUAAGGAUAACAAGCUAAAUAACACCCAAAACAACAAGAAGGCUAAACCGAAAGUGAAUGAAAAAGGGUCAAAGAAGUACUCCCAAGGAUAUACUUUAAAUAAGCUGACUAAGGAAGGUAUCCUAAACCCAGCUAAGACAGAUCAUUAUGUAAAAGUAAUCAAGAAUAAGAACAAACAGAAACAACAGAAUGGGUCAAAGAAGAGGAAGGUUACAUCCUAUGAACAGAGAUAUUCAGUGAAUCUAAAGAAUAGCAAGCCAGCACUUCUAUCAGACUCCCCAGGCCUCUAUAACGGUAACUAUGGAGAAAGAAACGCUAAUUUAGUUCACCAACACGCCUUAUCGGUAAACAUUGGAGGAGGGUCCUAUAAUAGAAGCAAGAGAGAUAAGGAUAAUCUCAUGAGUAAAAGUGCUGGCUUGGAGAGUUUCAAUGGCUCACAUAAAUUUGGCUCCUUAAAAUCCACUUCUAAGGGUGAAAAGAUUGGGAAGAUAAAGAAAUCAGGGCCUAUAAAAGCGACUAUUGUCACUUCCAAGCCAAGAAUGUCUAAAUAUGAGCAUCUGGGUAAAACAUAUAAAGAAAUUCCUAUGGAUAAGGUAACAAAGAAGCCUAAGAGGAGAGAAAAGAGACCACAUAGCUCAACAUUUAUUGGAAGCUAUAAGCAUGACAAGGAGCUAUAUAAUAAAAUCAUGGGAAUUCAGAAUAAAACUAAACCAAAAGCACCUUGUGUAGCUUCUUUAGGGUUGAAAAAGAAGAAUACAAAAAGAGUAAGGUCCGCUUCUCCUGGAGGUCUAAAGAAUAUCACUCUUCAUAAACCUCCAAAAUCCAAAGAACCUCAAAGAAUCAUCGGUGGAAACCUCUACACCACCUCCAAAAACCCCUUCUCAAAGUAGACUCAAAUUUUUCAAAAUGCUAAAAUUCAAUUC